GAAUAUUCUUUGAUCUGUCUGUAGCGGUAUCUGUUCCAUCCGGUCGCUGGUGUAUCGCGUUCUCGUGGAAUCGAAGAAAUUCUUCAUUCUUUCCUAAUAAUUCUAUAUAAGCACAGUUUAGUUUUCAUUUUGCAGUUUUUGAAACUAUUUGAGUCAGAAAUAGUGCGAAGCUAUUUGUCUCUCGGUUCGGAAAGAGAUUUCUGCUGGUGAUUGUGACGAAGAACGGCAAGUGUAAUCCCCAUCGUAAGUUAUAACCAGUGAUAUCAAUCUUGCCUUGUUGAAACAAGCAGGCUAAGCAAUUUAGAAAGCAAACGAAAAAAAAUUGGUGGAAACCCGUUCGAAUUUGAAGUCAUAAAUCAAACUCUAGCGCCAGUGAAGCUUUUGCGAAUAUAAUAAAAUAGCAGCGUGCAAUCUCGACUGCAGAAUCAUCCGUUUAUUUUUCGCAAAGCUCUCGGAGUAUGACUGGACCCACGAUGACCAGCGCAGGCAAAAAGUUAUCGAUGAGCAAACAGAACGAGCUGAACACGUUGGUAGAUUCGCUGAUAAAGCAUAGUUUUCAAAAAACUGCUAAUGCAAAUGAGCAGUUUAAGCAGUUCCAGGAUAUGUAUUCGGUGCUGGAGCGCAUCCGAAAGUUGGAAUCGGAACUGAAGCUCAAAACCAACAACGGAAAACCUAGGCAUGCCAACAUCGAGGCCUUCUGCCGGUGGGCCAGCGAGCAUGGAUGCCAAUUCGACGGUGUUAAAAUUUCGGAAUUCUCCGGGUUCGAGCUGGGGCUGGAAGCUACGCGGGAUUUUGUCGCCGGUGAGCCGUUCGUUGCCGUACCGAGGAAGCUUAUCUUUUCCGUUACGGCCGAUAGUAAAAUUCCGGACAUCAUGAAGGACAUUCCGGUGAUGAUGGUGCAGAACCUGUCGAACCUGAUGUUGGCCCUGCUGCUGAUCGUCGAACGUUUCCAGCCGAACAGUGUCUGGAAGCCGUACCUGGACGUGCUGCCGGAUCGGUACUCGACGGUGCUGUACUUCAGCCCGGCCGACAUGGCCGAACUGAAGGGAACGAGCGCCUUCGGUGCGGCCCUGAGCCAGUGCAAGAACAUCGCUCGCCAGUAUGGGUUCAUUAAAAAGUUCAUCCAAAACAAGACGGCGCUGCUGAAGGAUAACUUUACGUAUGAUUUGUACUGUUGGGCUGCAUCGACAGUAAUGACCCGCCAGAAUCUGAUACCGGUCAACCUAGGGCCGGAUGGCGACGCACCCGCUGCACCAGAUAACGCCACGAGCGCGACAAAUGGCACCGCAGAUUCCGCUACCGGCUCUGCUAAGGAGGAGGAAAGCACUGCAAAUACAACCACCACCACCGAGGGUAACGUCGGCGGCGGUGAGUUCGGUACGAGUCCGAUGCUGAUUCCAUUCUGGGAUAUGGCUAAUCACGUUAAUGGCGAAAUUACCACCGGCUACAAUGAACUGCUGCAGCAGGUAGAAAGUCUUGCCCUGAAGGACUUCCGUAAGGGGGAACAGAUAUUUAUUCACUAUGGCAACAGGACUAAUGCGGAUUUUCUCGUGCACAAUGGUUUCGUUUAUCCGGACAACGCUAAUAGCAACGUGUCGCUGCAGUUGAGCUUGAACACAUCGGACGAGCUGUUCGAGCAGCGCAAGCAACUGCUCGAACUACUGAAGUUACCCACGACCGGCGAGUUCACAAUCAAUCGAGGUCCAAGUUACGUUUCAUCGGAGCUACUUGGCUUCGCCCGUGUUUUCAACAUGACCAAAGAUCAGCUCGCCCACUGGGUCGAGCAGAAGGCGGAGGAUAUCGUUCGUCUGCUUGACUUGGAUUUUACCCUCGAAAAGGAACUGGAACAAAAAGUUUGGAAAUUCCUUUCGAUACGGUUGCAGCUGAUGCUACGAAUGAGCGGAACUACCCUCGAGCAGGACGAAACUCUGCUGGCCAGUCAAGGUCAAAAGGGAACCCCGAAGCUGGGACACAUCCGUACCAUGUUGGUUCAGUAUCGAGUGGCGGAGAAAAAAGUGCUUACCGAGGUGCACGAGCACUGCCAGCGGAAACAGUGCACCUAAAGCAGACGCUUUGCGCCCUAAUGCUACCUAUAUAGAUUAUUAUUUGCUUGCUAUUCCUCAAGUGUACAACCCUCUCCGCAACCGAAAGCUGCUCGGAACUAGUUGAAAACUUUCCUAACCUAUUAGUAGAAGCUUCCCAUUCCUUGUGAAAACAAUUUCCAUGCUAUCUACAGUUCAUUAUAACCACAGUAUUGUUUUUGCCCUAUUGCUUCAGCAUUUUAGUUUGCUAAUUUUUGCCUUAGCAGUUACAGAAUUCAGUUACGUACAAGCCAAAAUACAUUUCAAUCAAUCAA